AUGUUAUUCGGAUCCAGUGAUGUUUCCAGCACCCUUCGUAACCAUUCAAUUGCCUUUAUUGGAGAAUUUGUGGGAACCUUUAUGUUCCUAUUCACUGCAUUUGCCGGCACACAGGUUGCAAGCGAGCAAAAAGAUGGCGGUGUUGAAGUUCUGAUUUACAUUGCAGCUGCGUUUGCCGCUUCUGUUACCGUGAAUGCGUGGAUCUUUUUUCGUGUCAGCGGUUCUGCCUUUAAUCCUGUCGCGUCUCUAUCUCUGUGGCUAAUCGGUGCCAUUUCUGUUACUCGAGCUGCAGUGGCAAGCUUUGCUCAUAUUCUUGCCGGAGUUGCUGCAUCGGCGGUUGUGUCUAUACUCUUCCCAAGCCCCGUCAAGUUCCAAGCGCGUUUGGGAAAGGGCACGAGUAUCGUGCAAGGCCUUUUUAUCGAAGCUUUGUUGACCGCUCAGCUGAUGCUCGCAGUUCUUAUGUUGGCUGUGGAGAAACAGAGAGCAACUUAUCUUGUUCCUCUUGUCGUUGGUAUCGCUGUUUUUAUUUGCGAAAUUGCUGGUGCCCGGUAUAGUGGAGGGGCUCUAAGCCCGGCUCGUGCAUUUGGCCCCGAUCUUGUUCAAGGAGACUUCGCCACCUACCAUUGGAUAUACUGGGUUGGGCCGACCAUGGGCUCACUGGCGGCUACUGGCUUCUACUAUGCUUUGAAGAUGCUGAAAUACGAAACGUGUAAUCCUGGAGCUGAUUCAGAUGGCUUGGAUCACUCCCACGGUUUCGAUUCGAAGGUAUAG